AUGACUACAUUACCAUCUGCUGCGUCAACCGAUUUGACUUUGCCCAUUGAUGACAAUAGUGAAUUGGGUGAUUUUGAUACUGUAAUGAAAGAAAAUCCGUCGACUGAUAUUAAUCAAUACAAUCGAGCACCAACUUCUUGCUCACUUGAACAUGAUCUACAUCGAUUAGACUUAAGCGAUAGUCCAAAAUGGCUCAGUCGUUCCAGCGAAUCUCCAACUGAUUUCAAAGCUCGUUUGUCUUUGCAUGCGACUAAUAGCAACUUUGAAUCAAACUCUUUUCCGUAUACACCCGUUAUUGUAUUCAUAAAUAAACGUUCUGGUGGCCAACAAGGAGAAAAAAUUUAUCGGAAACUAUUACGAAAACUCAAUCCACGUCAAGUAUUUUUUCUAGAAGACAAUGCUACAAUCACACAUGCUCUUAACAUCUACUCGUCGCUACCUAAUAUCCGUUUUUGCGUAUGUGGAGGUGAUGGAACCGUGGGUUGGAUCCUUGGCCGUCUAGCUGAGGCUUAUCCAUCGAAAAAUAAUCCGCCAGUAAGCAUUUGUCCUUUAGGAACGGGUAAUGAUCUUUCACGCGUAUUAGCUUGGGGCGAACAAUACGAUUCAAAACGUCUUUUUGAUAUGCUCGUACAAAUUCCACAAGCUAAAGUAGUUGCACUCGACCGUUGGGAAGUUCAGCUUGAACAACUCGACGUAACAACAUUGUCUUCACAGACACAAGCAAAGCAAAAGAAAGGAUUUCAAAUCGGUCAUCCAUUUCAAGUGCUAGUCAAGCAUCCGAAAUUUGUUCGCGAAAAAAAGCAAGCCUCCUAUGAACAUCAUCAGAAGUUACCAAAUACACACUUUAUCAAUUACAUGAGUUUCGGUUUAGACGCAGCCAUUACACUAGAUUUUCAUGAUAAACGCACACGUGAUCCAUCGAAAUUUUCGUCACCAUGGAAGAAUAAGCUCAUGUAUGUAAAUAGAAGUUGCAAAUAUUUCAGUGAUUUUGCUCAAGCAAAUAUGUGGAAUCUUGGCUCUUAUAUUCGUUUGAUAUGCGAUGGUCGUGAUCUAACUAAUGCUAUAGGUGAUUGCCAUACAUUAGUCGUACUUAACAUUCCAGGUUAUGCAGCCGGUACGAAUCCGUGGGGAAAAUCUUCAUCGACAAACUCAGUUUUCUUCUAUGGUGAUCAAUCGUCGAUCUUUCAAAGAGAUAAUGAUUCUGCCGAUGCCAAGGUAAUAAGGGCAGUUAAUGUAUUCGGUUCAUUAGCUGCUACACGCGAAGCUAUUAAAUCUGUUACUUUGAAUGAAGAUGAUAUGCAUCAAAUGGCUAGCUCAUCGACAACAGCAAUCUCAACUGUUUGUGUCGAACAACAAGAUUUUGGCGAUCAAAAACUCGAAAUUGUUGGCUUGAAUACUACACAUAUGGCUACAAUUCAUAUGGGUUUUACUGGCAAUCGGAUCACUCAAUGUAAUCAAUUGCGAAUAGAACUGCGCAGUCCAAUGACGGCACAAAUGGAUGGUGAACCAUUCUAUCUUCCUGCUUCAGUAGCUGUCAACAUUAAUCAUGCUGGCCAAGUACUUGUGUUAAAAAAUCAGAACGAAUAG